UCGCCAAAAAGCGUUCAUUAGUCAGUAGCACUAUCGAAACACUCCCAUCAGCACCUCAUAGAUAGAUAGUUCACCAUUCGCACAAAAUGAGAACCAUUUUAAGUACCCUCGUCGUCCUGCUGGCCGUUACUGCUCUUAUCUACGCCGACAGCAAUCAAUGGGGCCGUCGAGUGGUCGGAGAUAGACUGCUCCAGUCGGCCACCAUUGUGAACAACUCACUUCCGGUGCCGAUCAAAACUGCCGUUUUCCAGUAUUUGCCUCCGCAGGGAUCGGCACGUGCACCGAACGUGACCUACAUUCUGGCCCGUGAUAAUGUCCGCAACGGGUUGGGCGGAUUUGCGGCGCUGAUUUCUGGGGGCAUUAAUCAAACGCACGCCACGGUAAAGCUCAGUUCACGUCCGAAUCUUGGGUUCAAUUUUACUAUUGAGGUCUACGGCAGAUGAACCAUGGAAAGUGAAUUGAAAAUUUUCAGCUAAAUAAAAUUCUCAGAAAAUUCUCACAA